UGAUGAGAGCGAUCAAUGUAAGGAACGGCUAAUAAAAGCUCCAUUCAGAAUCGGGGAGAUGAUGCACGUGGGAAAGUUGUUGUUUCUUCCGCGAGUUCAGUGAUUCAUCUGUGUAACCACUAUGGCUCUGAACGGUUCCUUCUCUCUUUUUUUUUUUUUUUUGGGGGGGGGAAAAAAAAAAAAAAACCUUGUGUAAAGACCCUCCCACCAGGCGCUGUGUUCCUAACCCGAGUGGGGUUCGUGGCAGUCUGCCUCUUUCUGCACAGUGAAGCGCUGUUGCGACGCGCGGACACAUGGCACCCCCCAGGUGGGAGCGCGGCGCGCGCUUCACGCUCUGUACGCUCGGCGCGCUCCUGUCAGUGUACGCUCUGCACGUGGAGGUGUCCCGCGAGAGGGACCCCGGCUACCGAGCCAUGUGUGACCUGGCGGAUUCGGUGAGCUGCUCCAAGGUGUUCACCUCCAGGUGGGGCCGUGGAUUCGGCCUGGUGCAGUUGCUGGUGUCCAAAGACAGUGUCUUCAAUCAGCCCAACAGCGUGCUGGGCAUCGUCUUCUACGCGCUGCAGCUGGCGCUCGGUCAGACGGCGUCCAGCAGGGCGGCGCUCUUCCUGCUCCUCUCCUCCUGGCUGUCCGUGGCUGGCUCCCUGUACCUGGCCGGGGUGCUGCUCUUCGCGCUGGGUGAUUUCUGCGUGGUCUGCGUCUCCACGUACGCGAUUAACGUGGCCCUCCUGUACACCAACGCGAAGAGGCGCGCCGGGCUGGACGGGGCCAAGGCGAAGCCCGCCUGAGCGGAGCCGCGUGGGGUAAAGAAAGGCCUUAAAGGGCGACGGCGGUGGCAACGGGAGACCCGGCUUCACGAAGGCGACAUUAGCGUUUAGCCCCACGUCCCACAGGACGCAUUUAGAGCUUCUGCAGGGCUCUUGAAGCUCCCGAGUCCACGUCUCCCACGUGCGUGUCACCGCUGUAAAAGGAGGCCGAACCAGCGUUUUGACAGAAAUGCUGUGUGAGCUGCAGUGUUUGUGUGAAAUGCCGCCUUUCGCCAGCCAUGCAAUAAAAAAAGUGUUGUAAAA